UUCAGUCAGAAUUCCAGCCUUGUGACACACCAGAGAACUCACACAGGAGAGAAACCCUUUGAACGUCCUGAUUGUGGGAAACGUUUCAAUGAGAAUUCCAAGCUUGUGAGACACCAGAGGAUUCACAUGGGGGAGAAAUCUUUCAAAUGUUCAAUCUGUGAACGUUACUUCACUCAUAAAUCAUCCCUUAUUGCACACGAGGAAAUCCAUAUGAGGCAAAAGUUGAAGAAUUUAGAGAAGGCUUGAAAUUCAUUUAUGAUCUCCCAUUGAAACUGUAGGUGAGAAAAUGACUAUUUGAAUUGUGUUCUGAAUGUGUUUACUCAAACAUGUCUCAGGACUAGACUUGUAGGUGGAGAGAAAAGGAAAAUGGAAGAGGGCUAACUAACAAUUUCUGGUUAUCAGCAGCAGGUACUGGAUCUUUUGUUGAAGUUGUGGAUUUCCUCAAAAAGGCUUCUGGGUGGUAGUUUUGUAUAUUGAUUAUAUAAUUCCCACAUGUGGA